AUGGAAGACGCAACAUCCUACGGCUCGCCUGCCAACGAGGGAUCGCCCGGUGACAACCCCAUUUUGGCGCAACCCCCUCUGCAGCCAGAUGUCAAUGCGGGCGACAACGAAGACGUUCAAAUGUCAGAGAACACGACAGGCGAUGCCAACAUUAAGCAAGACAGCACCACCCCCGCUCCUGGUUCUGUAUCGGAAGUCCGGACGAACGCUGCUGAGGCACCUGAGCCCGAGACGGCCACCGGUGGAGACGAAGACAUGGGCGACGCUCCUGGAGAGUCUAAAGAUGAGCCCGCAGCCACCGAUGACGCGCCUACUUCGAAUAGCCAGGAAGAAAAGACCAAAGAGACCGUCGAGUCUGCAGCCAGGGAGCAUCUCAUGGCACAGACGCAUGCCAUUGUGCUCCCAAGCUACAGCACCUGGUUCGAUAUGAAUGCUAUCCAUGAUAUUGAGCGCAAAGCCAUGGCCGAGUUCUUCAACAAUCGCAACAGAAGCAAGACGCCAUCUGUCUAUAAAGACUACCGCGACUUUAUGGUCAACACGUACCGCUUGAACCCCGCGGAGUAUCUCACUGUCACAGCGUGCCGCAGGAACCUCGCCGGUGACGUGUGUGCCAUUAUGAGGGUUCACGCCUUCCUCGAACAGUGGGGUCUGAUCAACUACCAGGUUGAUGCCGAUCAACGCCCGUCUCAUGUGGGCCCGCCCUUCACCGGACACUUCAAGAUCAUUUGCGAUACCCCUCGUGGCCUUCAGCCAUGGCAACCGGCCGCCGAUCCUGUCGUGUUGGAAGGGAAGAAGAAUCAUGAUACGGACAGCAAGGCGGCUGCCGCCGCCGCGAACAAGGGCGACCUCAAUCUAGAAAUUGGACGAAACAUUUACGAAGCCAGUUCCAAGAGCACUCCAGUCGGCAAGACAGAAAAUAAAGUCAACGGCGAGACGCCUACAACCAACGGUGUGGCCGGAACCGAUGAUGCCGCCAAAACCCCGACAACCAAGGUCUAUUGCUACAUGUGCAGCACUGACUGCACGCGCAUCUACUACCACAGCACACAGACCGACGCGGCCGCCAUCAAGACCAAAUAUGACGUUUGCCCCAACUGCUUCAAUGAGGCCCGUCUGCCUGCCAACCACACUUCUUCAAUGUACACUAAGAUGGAGAACCCGCGAUACACAUCGGUUGUUGACAGAGAGGCUCCGUGGAGUGAUGCGGAAAUCCUACGUCUGCUUGAGGGCCUCGAGCGGUUCGAUGAUGACUGGAACGAAAUAGCGGAGCAUGUUGGGACGCGGACUCGAGAAGAGUGCGUUUUGCAAUUCCUUCAGCUCGAUAUCGAGGAGAAGUAUCUAGACUCUGAGGCCGCUGUUCAUGCGCCGACAGGGCUUUCGAUGCUCGGUAGCCAGCAGGGCCAGCUUCCGUUCAGCCAGGUUGACAACCCGGUCAUGUCGGUUGUCGGUUUUCUGGCCAGCCUAGCAGACCCUGCCAGCACGGCUGCGGCCGCCAACAGGUCAGCUGAUGAGCUCAAGCGCAACCUUCGCAAGCAACUAGAGGGUGGGCAAGACAAGGGUCAGGCGAACGGCAAGGACAAGGGCCAAGAGGGCACCAUGGACAUUGAUGUUCGCCAAGAGACUACGACGACCACAACAACCACCAAGACUACGAGCCUUGCAUCAAUCCCACUGGCAUCCAUGGGCGGUCGUGCCGCUGCCUUCGCGUCGCACGAGGAGCGUGAGAUGACGCGUCUGGUCUCUGCCGCCACCAAUGUGACGCUGCAGAAGCUCGAGAUGAAGCUCAAGUACUUCAAUGAGAUGGAGGCGAUUCUGCGAGCUGAGCGCCGGGAUCUUGAGCGAGGCAAGCAGCAACUGUUCCUAGACAGGCUGGCGUUCAAGCGCCGGGUGAGGGCUGUUCAGGAUGGCCUCAAGCAAGCGGCGGCUGUUGGUGGAGAGCAGGGAGCUCGCCUAGCCAACGAGGUCCUAACUGAUGGAGAGCAGCUGGGCUUCCAACCAGCUGCGGUUGAGGCUGGUUCAGUCCAGCCGCUUAGCAGCGAGGGCCAGGUCAAGAGCUUCGAGGCCUAA